GGACCAGCCGUCACCUCACACCCUCCUGCUCAGAGCUCUGCGACAUCCUCUGCACGCUCUGUCGACUGUCCACCACUCCCACCGCUACCGAUACCAUGUUCGCCGGCCGUGUCGCAGUCCGAUCUGCCCGCGUGGCAGCACCGCGAUUCCAAGUCGCCGCUACGCGCUCCUUCGCAGAGGCCGCGGCAAAGCCUGCAUCAGAAACCCGACCUCCGAUUGAUGUCUAUGGUGUGGAUGGCACAUAUGCCAGAUCUCUAGUACACCGCAGCGGCCAAGAACUCCUCGAUCGACAACGUCUCGAAAGCACUCGAAAACUUGAACGCGACUUUCAAGAAGGACCCAAAGCUGCAGGCUCUUGUCACCUCGCCAACUCUGACGGUCGAGGACAAGAAGCAAAUCGUAGCCGAGCUCCAGAAGACCAUCAGCGUCCAGGAUAAGACCAACACCGUCUCCGGCUUCCUUAACACCCUUGCCGAGAACAACCGUCUGAGCGUGUUGGAGGGCGUUACCGAGAAAUUCGCACAGCUCAUGAGCGCCGCUCGCGGCGAGGUGGAGCUCACCAUUACGAGCGCUGCGCCUUUGGACAACAAGACCGUGAAGCAGCUUGAGGCGGCUGUGAGCAAGAGCCAGUACGUGGGCGCCAGCAAGAAGGUCAAGGUUGUGACCAAGGUCAACCCAGAGAUCCGUGGUGGUCUUGUCGUGGAGAUUGGCGACCGCACGAUCGACCUUUCGGUUUCCUCCAAGAUGAGCAAGAUGAACAGGCUGCUCCAAGAGACCUUGUAAAUAUAGUGAGCCGGAGCGAAGCACUGUAGACUUUGACUAAAGAGAGUUUCCUUGCGUACUGCUACAUACCAGACUUGUACAGAGUUGACGUGACAGCAUUCUUUUCCGUGCCAAAGACCGAA